GCCGCUCAGUCGACACCUCGGGACCGCCAGCAGCUACAACAGCAACAACAACAGCAACAACAACAACAGCAGCAACAACAGCUACAACAACAACGGCAGCAACAGCAACAACAACAGCAGCUACAACAGCACCAACAGCAGCAACAACAGCAGCAACAAUAGCAGCAGCUACAGGACGAGCAGCAGCAGGAGCAGCAAUGGCAUCGCUCCCAGCAGCUCCAGAAGGCUUCCCCGCCACUGUGGUGGUGGAAGUCAAAGUUCAGAGGUCGGGCGGAGUUCACACGUACAUCGUGACGGAGGUGGCCUUCCUCAACCACCCACGUGGCCUCAUCAGGAAGGGGGACCUCAUCCUGGAGGUGAACGGGGUCCCCCUGCAGCACGUGACCCCCUCGGAGCUGGGACUCGCCGUGAGCUCCAGCACCAUGCUCACCAUGGACAUCCAUCGCGAGGAGAGCGACCAGAGCCCGCGCAGUCCCAGACCCCGCAGCCCCCGGAGACCCACCACCUCCCAGGGAGGAGGGGCUCCGGCCGCCGUGGUCCCCUUCCCGGCCGUCGAUCUGAGUCGCGAGGCGGUGAUGCGAUGCAGCGGCUGGGAGACCGAGUGCCUUCCCCUGCACCUGAGCCUCACGGAGCAGCAGGAUGAUGCCCAGCCCGGCAACGGCGCGUGCGUCAAGCCGGGCCACGCCACGGUCGAGGGCUUGGACGUCGGUGACGGUGAGCGCGGCUGGGAGGAGCUGCUGGAGGAGGCUCUGGCGCGGAACGGCGAGGGCAGCCUGGCGCUCAUCUUCCGUCGGCCCGACUUCAUGGUGAUGAAGAUGCGUGGCCCCGAGGAGGCUUGCGGAGCCUGCGGGAGGCUCGACUGCAGCACGGAGCACGUGCAGGCGCGCCGCACCGCGCUCAGCUUUGCCGCCGGCCGCAGCGGCAGCCUCAGCAGCCUGGUGCUGCGGCUGCUGCUCGAGGAGCCGCGUGUGCGUCUGCUGGACGAGCGGGACAGUGCGGUGACGCGCGCAGCCGACGGCAGCGUGCGCGUGGCGCCCUGUCGCAGCCCCGCACCCGACGCCUUCUGCAUGACGAUCUUCCGCUUCAAGUCGACGGUUCCGGUGGACGCCGGAGAGCCGGUGGUGCUGGGAUUCUACAACUCCAACUGCUACUUGGCGUGCCAGGAGGGCAACGCACAUCUCGUGAAGCUCAUCGUGGAGACUCACAGCAGGGACGAGUUCAGGAGCAUCACCAAGAGCAGCGACCUGUUCCGCCUCAUCUUCUAUCGCAAGGAGUUCCCCGACAUGACCAUGAGGUUCGAGUCGGCCCAGUUCCCCUCCUGGUUCGUCUACAGCGGCGAGCGCCAACUCGUCCAGAUGCACAACCGCUUGAACACCAGCUACACGCUGCUCUCUUGACGGGCGACGAGGACGUGGUUGGGGCGACUUUGGGGCGACGUUUGGGCAAGAUUGCAUGUUCACCGGGAUAGUGGGGAGACAAAGACUGCCGGGUGUGGGGGCUUGGCCACCUUGCCCUCUCGUGCGUGAGUGUGUGUGAGUGUGGGUGCGUGUGAGUGUGUGAGUGAGUGUGUGAGUGAGUGUGUGAGUGUGUGUGUGAGUGUGGGGAGCGGUAGUGUAGCGGUUAGCGCGCUGCGCUAUGAACCUGGCGACCCGGGUUCGAUUCCCGCUCACGGCUAACACCAGUGACGAUUAUCUGAACCGGUCCUGGGCCUCCCUUAGGUCGACUCAGCCUUAAAUGAGUACCUGGUGCGGUGUGUAAACAUCGCCACUAGGGAGAAAAAGGCGGUCGGGCGUGGUGCUGGCCACCCACCCCCUCGUGUACCGUUCCGGCCUUCAUAGGUGCUCGCUAACAGCACUUGCCCCUACAGUCUGUUCAGGCUAUACGGGGGAUCUUUGUGAGUGUGAGUGCGUGUGAGUGAGUGCGUGAGUGCGUGAGUUAGUGUGAGUGAGUGUGAGUGAGUGUGAGUGAGUGUGAGUGAGUGUGAGUGAGUGUGAGUGAGUGUGAGUGUGUGAGUGCGGGGGAGUGGUGGUGUAGUGGUUAGCGCCCCGCUCUACGAACCCGCCGACCCGAGUUCGAUUUCCGCUCGCGGCCACCAACACCGUCGCCGAUUAUCAGAACCGGCCCUCCGCUAGGUUGACUCGGCUUCAAAUGAGUACCCGGUGCGGUGUGUAGUAAGAACACCGUCACUGGCGAAGACAAAGGGGGCCUGGCGCGGCGCUGGAUACCCACUCCCACGCCGUGGCGGCCUUCAUAGGUGCUGCUCGCAAACAGCUCACUCACUCUCAUCACCCACUCACUCGCUCACUCGCUCACCCACUCACUCGCUCGCUCACUCGCUCGCUCACUCACUCUCAUCACCCGCACGCUCACUCACUCUCAUAACCUGCUCACUCACUCACUCUCAUCACCCGCACGCUCACUCACUCACUCUCAUCACCCACACGCUCACUCACUCACUCUCAUCACACACUCGCUCACUCACUCUCAUCACCUGUUCACUCACUCUCAUCAUCCGCGCGCUCACUCGCUCUCAUCACCCGCACGCUCACUCGCUCACUCUCAUCACCCGCUCACUCACUCACUUUCAUCACCUGCUCACUCACUCACACUCAUCACUCACUCACUCUCAUCACCCGCACGCUCACUCACUCACUCUCAUCACCUGCUCACUCACUCACUCUCAUCACCUGCUCACUCACUCACUCUCAUCACCUGCUCACUCACUCACUCUCAUCACCCACACGCUCACUCACUCACUCUCAUCACCCACACGCUCACUCACACUCAUCACCCACUCACUCACUCACUCACCCACUCACUCACUCACUCACUCGCUCACUCGCUCGCUCACUCACUCUCAUCACCCGCACGCUCACUCACUCUCAUAACCUGCUCACUCGUUCGCUCACUCAAUUUCAUCACACACUCACUCACUCUCUCUCAUCACCCCCACGCUCACUCACUCACUCUCAUCACCCGCUCACUCACUCUCAUCACCCGCUCGCUCACUCUCAUCACCUGCUCACUCACUCUCAUCACCUGCUCACUCACUCUCAUCACCCGCUCACUCACUCGCACACUCUCAUCACCCGCUCACUCACUCACUCUCAUCACCUGCUCUCUCGCUCACUCUCAUCACCCGCUCGCUCACUCGCUCACUCUCAUCACCCGCUCGCUCACUCGCUCACUCUCAUCACCCGCUCGCUCACUCGCUCACUCUCAUCACCCGCUCACUCACUCGCUCACUCUCAUCACCCGCACACUCGCUCACUCUCAUCACCCGCUCACUCACUCGCUCACUCUCAUCACCUGCUCACUCACUCGCUCACUCUCAUCACCCGCUCACUCACUCACUCUCAUCACCCGCUUGCCCCCACGCGCGCUGUGUGUGGGCAUGUCAGGAGGUAUCCUAUUUUUAUAUUUAUUUAUACAGCUCCUCUGCUCGGGGCGCUUGGCAAUGGCUUGACAAACCGGGUGGCAGGGAAGGAAUGAUGCGGCUGGCAGGGUCUGUACGGCGAGGUGUUGAGGAAUCGGUGACGGCAGCGAUAGAGUGGUACUGGUGGGGGGUUCACGAUAGAGGAGUUCUUGCGGGUCACGAAGGGGGCGGGGGAAGGAGUGGAGGGGCGGGGGAGGGGGAAGAGAAUUGGCAAUGGAAAUGAGGCACGUGUGCGUGUGUGUGUGUUCAUGUGUUGGAACACGUGUGUGUAUGUUCGGACACGUGUGUGUGGUAUUUUUUUAAAACGGAAAAUAAUUUCGGGUUUCACGGUUAUAGCUUGUGUUGUCAUCGUUGAUACAGUGUGUUUGUGUGUGUGGUGUGUAUUAAAGAAUUAAAUAUUACACAACUUC